CAAAAACUUAACUGCCGUAAAUUUCUCAUCUUGAUCUUGCUCGUUGUUCGCUUCCUUGUAUCAACACUCAACCAUCGUCAAAGGACACUUACCGAGAUACCUCAUUUCCCAUCUCGCGAUUUGAGAAUCUCCGCACAACCCACACACAACCGCCAAAAUGGUCCGCACCUCCGUCCUGAACGAUGCCUUGAAGAGCAUCAACAACGCUGAGAAGGCCGGCAAGCGCCAGGUCAUGAUCAGGCCCAGCUCCAAGGUCAUCACCAAGUUCCUGAGCGUCAUGCAGAAGCACGGCUACAUUGGCGAGUUCGAGGAGCUCGACGACCACCGCUCCGGCAAGAUCGUUGUUCAGCUCAACGGCCGCCUCAACAAGACUGGUGUUAUCUCCCCUAGGUACAACGUCCGCCUUGCCGACCUUGAGAAGUGGGUCGUCAAGCUGCUGCCCGCCCGUCAGUUCGGCUACGUCAUCCUCACCACCUCUGCUGGUAUCAUGGACCACGAGGAGGCCAGGCGCAAGCACGUUGCUGGCAAGAUCAUUGGCUUUUUCUACUAGGCGAUUUGGCAACUCGAGCAUGGUACCGGCGUUCAGGGGUUCAGGUGGGCAAUCGGAGGAAGUUGGGCUAAAAGUCAUGAAUACCACGAAUUCAACCAUGAAAACUGCUCGGCGAGUCAAACCAGGCGAGGCCAGAUCCCGUCAAAUAAUGAAAAGUCACUGCUUUGAACCAGGAGACCAUGAGUGAUUGUAUCCAUGUUGCUCCUCUUGAGUCUAGUGCAAAGUAUAUGCUCCCCAAAACCUUGACUAAGAGUAGCUGC